AUGCCCAGGGGCAUUAACCGUAACCGUAACCGGUCUGCCUUUUCCCCAGAAGUCAAAAGACCAGACCGGACCGCAAAAAACCGCGGUCUGCGGUCUUUUUGCAGUCUAUAUUAUGAAUCGGUAAAUUUAUUAACAUCUCUAUUAGCUUUAAAAUGAGCCCAAGAACGUCAAAUUCCGUUAGGAAUUGGUGCUUCUAUAAAAUAAGUCUGGUACAUCUAUUAUUCCCAAAAGUAAUUUACA